AUGUCCAUCAAAGAAAUCAACCGACAGCUUGAAAGACAGUAUCGAGAAGAUUCAUCUUUAGUUUGGCCAAGACACAUUAUCGGGCUGUUGAAUCGAGGAAUCGUGAGAGGAAACGUCAAACAUCAUUCUGUUCAGUAUUUAAGGCGACGGAGAGUACAUAAAACUUUUAUAUCAAAACUUGAGCACAAUCAGUUUUGUAUUUUUUUAUUUUGCAACAGAAAAGUCAGUUCUUUCAAAAAAAUAAUUAUCAACUAAAUUGUCUCAUUUUUCGCAGAUCGGUUCUUCAUCGCUAGUGAUACUUUCUCGUUUACUAUUAUAUUCCGAGAUUCCCUCUUUUUUCUAAAUUCAUUUGAAAUGAGAAAAGUGGCCUUAUCUGGCAGGAGGGUAUACCUUUUCACACCGUAACCCGUUCUUUCAAGACACCUUCGAAAACUUUUUAGGGAUGGACUAUCACUGACGCAAUCAAACUUUUUAGGCUGAUGGAUUGACUUGUUUUCUCUUUUAACACUUGAAAUCGUAUUUCAAGAUCUUAGAUCUUCCAAAAAGUUUUAUUCAUAUUUUCACAAAGUUUUGAUAGGGCACUCGAGAUUUUCGAACUGUCGAAUUUUUGAUAAAUGCUUUUUUUUAAAGUCCCAAGUACUAGACCAGCUUGUAAGAUCUUUGUGUAUGUUCUCAAAACUUUCUAAGAUACCGUACUCUCAAUUUUUUGAAUGUUAAGGAAAAUUCUUUUUUUUUAUUUUCAUGGCCUUUCUCAGCCAAUUCGUGCUAGAUCGGAUUCUACCAGAUGAUAAAAAUAGUCUAAAAGCACAGAUCAACGCGGCCGGUAAAGGUACAGAACUAGUUUUUUUGCGCGCAACUCGCAGGUCGUCGAUGUCAUAUUGGACGUUGACACGGUCGCCGACGUCGUCUUUGCCCAAUUCAAGACAGUAACAGGUUGUGUUGUGGUAGAUGUGUGGUGCCGUUUUCUCCGAUUCUCCGCAGACCGUGCCCCUUUGGCCACUUUGUUCGCGAAGGCGCGACCGACCCUCGCCGGACUCCGCCUCUGGGCAUCUUCUUUAUCACCGUUCCCGUCAGUGGAGGAUCUCUGAAGAUUUUAUUGGCUUCAAUGAUCUUGUUCAACAAGCUGCUCUUGUAUAAAUAAACCUCUUUGACAUCGUGCGUUUGAACUCGAACUUGCGGCCGCUUUUUGGUCAACAUAGGUUCCUUCCUUUAAAGGACUUUCUUUGCUUCGUGUUCUUUGUUGUUUUGAUUUUUUGGGUCCAUUUCUCGACAUUAGUUGUUUCAGAGCCGCCAUGGAGCGGAUAUACGUCUUUCUGGCGUUAUUCACAGUUGUAUAUUUCUUGGAAGCGAUUGGAGGAAGUUAUAUAAAUUCGGCGGUUCAGAACAUUGAACGGCAGUUUCAAAUGUCUUCCAAAACAUCUGGAAUGAUGAUUGCAGCAAGUGAGUUCUCUUUUUCCUGUUUAUAAUUAGUUUGUUCAUCUAGUGAGGAUUUUUGUUUGGAAAAAUUCGCGUUCAGGUGACUUUGGUUACAUUCCUUGCGUUGUCUUCACUGCUUAUUUCGGGUCGAAAGGCAACAGGUAAAAUUUCUGUCUGAAAGUAUACUUUCGUUGUUUUUUUUCAUUUGUUUUGAGUUUUCACCGUCUUAAAUGAAAGUUUUACAGAGCGAAGUGGAUUGGAGGUGGAGCUAUCAUCGUUUCUGUAUCCUACUUACUCCUGGCCUCACCUAAUUUUCUUUUUCCGAAAGGAAAAAUUGACUUGAACACUACUAGCAUUGCAGUGCGUUAUAUUAUUUGUUUUUCGCUCUAUCGAAACAAUUUCAGUCGGACUUAGUGCCAUCGGAAAGCCAACUCUCAGAAAAUUCGACUCUCAGGCAACUGCUUGAUUAUCCGCUUAUCCGCGAUCGCAUGCCACACGAUUUGUACGCAAAGUUGCUGAAAUUGCAAGACGACGGAAGUCCGGUUAGUUUUUCGGCUAAUCUUCUUCGCUUUCUUUUAUUCUGUGAAUUGUUUUCAAGCGUAAGUAGAAAAAUUUGUUUUCGUGUUUUUCAAAAAAUUGAAAGUGUUAUUUUCAGAUUGAUAGCUCAAAAAUUGCAAAUGAGUUGAUAAACGCUACUGCAAAACGCACAGCCACCUCGUAUUCUGUCGAUGGAUGGCUCAUUGAUAAGGUGGGGAUUUGUUUUUCGAUCGCGAACCGGAAGUUUGGAACAGAGAAAUAUUUGCGAAUUUCUCUAUGAGUGUUCACUAUAUUUUUUAUUUGAAAAAAAAAUUGAAAAAAGUUCAUAUGAAAAUAUAUUGAUUCAUUAUCACAUAUUUCUCAUGAAAAAUUUUCAGGCCUUGGAUGAAAGCGACAAAGUCCUUUAUGGAGCUCAAGACCAAGGGAGACUCAAAACGAUGUUGUCUCACUUUCCUCAAGAGAAGGGCCAACAGUUCGACACAAGACCUGGUGAAGAUCCGAAGAAGUGCAGCUGCACCUUUUGCCGUCUGUGGACAGCUAAUGAACAAAGUGCGACUGACGAUCAAAGUGAAAAUCAGGUCCAGUUGAUAUUUGAAAGUGUGUUUUUACAGGAGUCAAGAUGUCAAAACCAAAGCGACAACAUUUACCCGUUCUUGGUCUUCUUUUUCUCUUUGAUGAUUCUUGGGAAUCGGAAGAACUGUCCCUUGGAGUUUGGGACUGCCUCUACUAGAUGACAACAUCAAGAAAAAGAGUCUUCCAGCGUAUUUUGGUAAGUCUCCUAUCUAAUUAAAAUUUUCGCUCUAAUAAAUUUUCCUGAAGUUUUCGUUCAUUGAGCCUUUUUGCACAAGCAAUCUGUUUUAGGAGCGAUUUCUUCCAUUCGAGUGCUUGGUCCGAUCUGCGGGUACCUGAUUGGAAGCGCUUGCAACAAGUUUUACUUCACUCUCUCUCGUGAGUUCCAGAUCACAUUAAAAACUGAAACUACUCUUUCUAGCCCCAACUGGAUUGACGCCAGCUGAUCCAACUUGGAUCGGAGCCUGGUGGAUCGGUUUUCUUUUCAUUGGAACAAUCACCAUCUUUCCGUCACUUCUGCUCUUCUUCUUCCCCAGUGGAACAAAAGAGUUUCAAAUAAUAUUUCAGCGCAGUUUUUGAAUAACUGAAAUGGCUUCAGUGGCAAAGCUGUACAGCUGUUCGACGCUCACAAACACAAAGAAGAAAAAGGAAAAAGCGUGAAAGAAAAAAUAAAAGGUUUGCGAAGAGACGAGUUUUUGUCAACAGAAGGUAUCGUUCAGACUUCCGUGAUUGCUGCAAAGCGGUGUUCAGCAGCAAGAUCUACAUGGGCAGUGUUGUCGGAAGAAUCUGCGACGUGCUCGCUUUCAAGGGGUUUGUCUGUUCAAACACCUUCGCCGCUGUUUUUUUGUCCUAAAGACUGUUUGUCAAGCGAAAAACAAAAGAGAACGGCGAUCUCUUAGGUCAAGAAGGUUCCGGCCAUUGUGAAUCGGAACAAUGCAAUUCAUCUGCUGUUGACCGAUUAUAUGCGCGGAAAAGAGAAUGGAGUUGGAAAUUUUGAUAAACCGAUAAUUAUAAGUUUCAUGAGCUUAUCAAAAAAAUAAAUGUUGUUGAAAUUUGGCGAAAACAUAAAAUUAAUAUUUUUUUCCCCGAAAAACAAUAGUUAUCAAUAAAAAAACAAGUUCAUUAAAAUACAUAAUUUUUUUCAUAAAAGCUUUCGAGACAAAAAUUCCUUCGAAUUAAUGUCAUAUAGGUUUUAUUUCUUGAAAGAUAUCGAAACCUGCACAAUUGGGGCAAAGAAAUUAAUGAAAAAUGUGUCCUUAUUUGGUGAUCGCUGAAAAAAAAUCGUCAUUUUGCUUUUAUAGUGAAAAUUACUAUCCUUCGAUUGAUUAAUGUGGCUUACAAUUUCCUAAAUGUAUUUUAAAUACGCAAAACUGGCAGUGAUUUUGCCCUCACUCCAUACUUUCAUUUCAAUUAUUUCAGGUACAUUGUCUUCUUGCCAAAAUAUCUGGAAAACCAUUUCGGAAUCCCUCAAUACUUGGUUCAUCGCUAUAUGGGUAAAUUAACCUGUUUUCUUUUUUCUAUUGUUUCCGUUCAGCUUUCUUCGGAGUUUUCGGAUUCGGCUUGGGAACUGCAACUGGCGGAUUCCUGACCAAGAAAAUGAAACUGAAUGGAAGAAGAGCUGCAAUGUUUGUGGCCGUUGUUUCUACAUUAAACGUCGUCAUUUACUCCUCAAAAAUUUUCAUUGGAUGCGAAUCGAUUGUCAAUUCAAUUGGGCUCAAUAACAGGUGAGAAAAUAAUUACCGAAGUUCAUCGAAAUCUGCCCCGGAUCAGUCAAAAUCACAUCAUUUCGAUUUCAGGGACACCAACUACAACUUCAGCAGACCGUGUAAUUCGGAGUGCUCAUGCGAAGGCGUCAAACUGUACCCGGUGUGCGAUGAAACUGGGUGAGAUAUAUGAGACUUGUUUUUUUUCACCUUUUAAUGGGAAAUUGAGUAAUUUAUAAUUGGAAGAAUUUUAUUGGUAAAGGUCAUUAACAUUAAAAAACUGAGAAGGAUAAAACGGAUGAAGUGAAGUUAGUUGAAAAAAAGAUAGCAAAAAAAGAAUGAAAAAUGUAUAAAUAUUUCAUUCGAAGUUUACGAAAGUCUUAUCAGAUAUGCCUACUUUUCUCCUUGCCAUGCUGGAUGCCGAGAAGCCAUGUCACCUGAAGGACCUGACAGUCACAACCUCGUAGGAUCCAUUCUUUUUCAAAACAAUCUCAUCUUCGAUUCAGCAAUUUUCAUCCUGCGAAUGUGCGAAAGGGGGAACUGUCAGCAAGAAGUUCUGCAAAGACACCUGUCGCAUGUCGACCGUCAUUUUCUUCAUGACAGUCCUGCCAGGAGCUUUUGUUGCAGGACUUGGAGUAGUUCCCGGAAUAUUGAUAUUCUUGAGGUUAAACUUCGGUUCUUCCGUUAAGUUCGAUAUAAAUUUCAGAAGUGUCCCGCCGGAGACUCGAUCCCUUUGCUUGGGACUUCAAGGGCUUCUUGUUUCUCUUUUUGGAACUCUGCCGUCGCCAAUUCUUUGGGGAUUCGUUAUCGACGCUACCUGUAUGGUUUGGGACCACACCUGCUCAGGAGAACGUGGUUCCUGUGCCAUUUAUCAUCCGCAGAAGCUUCGAGUUUGGUAGGAAAAUAACAGAUUCCAACUGAGAAGGAAGAAAAAAUGUUACAGGAUGCACGUUCUGUAUGUAAUUGUGAGAGGAAUUUCCUUGACUAUGGACCUUUACGUUUGGUGGUACGCUAAGCAUUUGAACAUCAUGGACGACCCUGUAAAUGAAGUGAGCUUUGUUCGAAAGAAAUGCGAAUAACAUCAUUUUUUAGGACCAAGAAGUUGAUGCGCGAAAACAUUCGAUGACCAUGACGCCGGUGGUUACGGAAAACUGA